GCCAGGGCAGGGCUCACACGGACAGGGCAGGGCUCACACAGACAUAGCAGGGCUCACACAGACACGGCAGGGCUCACACAGACACGGCAGGGCUCACAUGGCCAUGGCAGGGCUCACACGGACACGGCAGGGCUCACACGACCACAGGGAGGGGACCCCCAUCACAGGCACAGGCACAUGGCCACAGCCCUGCCAAGCUCUGGGAGCUCUGCACAGCCAGCAAUCCCCUCCUGCAGCACCCUGCACGUUCCCGUGUCCGAGGUGGUGCCCACACAUCCCCACACACCCUCAUUCCAUGAAGCUGAGGCUCCUGCUCCCCUGCACACCCGCAAUUCCAGCUCAGCCUGCACGCAGCACGGGCCAGACCGCCCCGGGUGACGCGCUCACCCAGGGAAUCACCUUCCAGGCUCCCCUUGAAGCUCACAAGGCUCCAAACACACUCCCAAAGCUCCAAAGGGCUGGUCUGAGGUGGGGAACAUGCCAGGGAGCUCAGGGCAGGCGGGGAAGGGCUGCUGAGCGCUCUGUCGUGCAGGUGGUGCGGAGGUGCCUGGAGCUGGGAGCAGCCUCGGCGCGGUUCGUCAGCGGCACCAUGGAGGACACGGCCUUCGCCCAGCACGUGGUGAGGGAGGCCCAGACCUCGCUGGGAGGCCUUGACAUGCUGAUCCUGAACCACGUCGGCGCAUCCUACUUUGGCUUUUUUGAUGGGGACGUUGAGCACGUCCGAAAGCUCCUGGAAAUCAACUUCCUCAGCUACGUGGCCAUGACCACGUCAGCCCUGCCCAUGCUGAAGGAGAGCGAGGGCAGCAUUGUGGUGGUUUCAUCCAUGGCAGGUAAAGUCGGGUUUCCCUUUACCGUCCCCUACUCUGCGACUAAGUUUGCCCUGGAUGGAUUUUUCAGCUCCCUGAGGCAGGAAUUCACCAUUCAGAACAUUAAUGUUUCCAUCACGCUCUGCAUCCUCGGCUUCAUCGAUACCGGUAAGAGCAGCUCUGUUGUGUCCCUGCUCAGGGCUGAGCAUCCCCCUCCCAGCUCCUCCGCCACCACCCCACCCUCUCCCACUGCU